GUGAAUUCCGCAUUAGCCGAUUUUUUUGUCGUGCAAGUUUGUUAUAACGUAUGCACUAUGAUUAUGUUUAUCAGAAAGUGAAAUGUAACUCGGAAUGUAGGACUUUUUGCAUAGUAAUGCAGUUUUAAUAUUAAGCAGUAAGAGUUGAACGGUCAAAAUUUAGUCAAAAUGACCGAUGAAGAUACAAAUAAUAAUAUUCUAUCGUUACGGGAAAGUUUAGUAAAAACAGCGGUGCAAUUUUUACAAAAUUCCAAAGUAUCAUCCAGUCCAUUGGCACAAAAGCAGGAGUUUCUCAAGAGAAAAGGCCUUACGGAUGAAGAAAUUAAAACAGCUUUUAAGCUAGCAUCUAUUGACAGCACAGUGGAUCGCAAUGUUUUUCAAAAUCAGAAUCCAUAUACUGCUAUACAGAUGUCACAAGGAUCUAUUUACCCAUAUUAUCAAAGAAACAUUUACCACUUGACACUUUUCCAGAAAGUUAAAGAAUUCUUUAACGUGACUGCAUUAAUUGGCGUGACAGUAUAUUGUGCUUAUUUGUUUUAUAAGAAAUUUAUAGAACCCUUUUUGUUUGGUCGAACAAAGAAACAAAAUGUAGAAGAUAAGGUAACCGAAUUAAACAAAACCGUCCAGAAUUCCAUGAAAGAAAUGAAAGAUUCUAUUUUGAAAAUGGAAAAUGAUGUGCAAAAGCUGACUGAACAUCAAGCAAUGGAUCCAACUAUUCCGCAAUUGGUACAGGAACUUAAACAGGAUUUAUCUAGUCUAAAAGCUUUGCUUUUAUCAAGGAAACAGUUUCCUAGUGCUCCAGCAUCUAUUCCUUCAUGGCAAUUGGAUGCAACAAAUGUAAGUCAAGAAAAAGCAACCGAACGAGAAGAUGAUGCUGGAAGUGGAAGUAGUACUAACAAUUCGGAUAGUUCUUUGGAAAUGAUUCGAGAGGACACGCCCAAAGAAUAAAUUUAGAAACUUUGUCUAUUGUAAAAUAUCCAAAGUCUUCGAUAUACGAUAUACUCGACAUUAUACAUUGGAAUAACAGAGAAUUGUGGUUUUAAUAUUAUAAGAUAUCAGAGAGAUGUUUCAUGUUAUACAUACUGAUAGCAUUGAUCUGCAUUUUUAGUGGAAUUGAUGAGUUUGUAAAUAUUUUAAUAUGUGUAUAAACCAAUGUUGUAUUACAGAAGAUAACUUUUAAGAUUUAUAAUCCAAUCGACCAACAGGUUUAUACAUUAAAUGUGUCAUUUUUGUUACUAUAACAUGAAUAAAUAUACUGAAUGAAUAUAAUGGCAUAUUUUCUUGCAAUUUUUAAUA